UCGGGCUCGGGUGCGCGGGCCUCCGGAGCGGAGCGGGGCUCGCCGGAGCGGGCGCUUAUUUUUUUUUUCCUUCCCUCCCUCCCCCCGCCGUCCUCCCUCCUUCCUUCCUUCCCUCCUCUCCUCCUCUCCUCUCCUCCCUUCCCUUCCCCUCUCUACUCUCCUCCUCUCCUCCCCUCUCCCUCCGGACCCCCGCGCGCGGGCGGCGGGCGGGCGGUCGCUGGGGCCGGCGCUUCCCCUUCCCCGUCCCCGUCCCCGCGGCCCGCCCUCCCGGCGGGGAGCUGGCGGCGGGGGGCUCGCGGCGGCGGCGGCGGGAGCAGCCUCCUCGGCCAUGGCGCCUCAGAAGCACGGCGGCGGCGGCGGUGGGGGAGGGGGCGGCUCGGGGCCCAGCGCGGGCUCGGCCGGCUCCGGCGGCGGCGGCGGCGGCGGCCACAGCCACGGCCACGGCUUCGGGGCUUCGGCGGCCGUGGCGGCCACGGCCUCGGGCGGCAAGGCCGGCGGCGGCGGCGGCUGCGGGGGCGGCUACUCGGCCUCGUCGGCCUCCUCCGCGGCCGUGGCGGCGGCGGCGGGGGCCGCCGUGCUGCCCGUGAAGAAGCCGAAAAUGGAGCAGGUCCAGGCUGACCACGAGCUUUUCCUCCAGGCCUUCGAGAAACCAACUCAGAUCUAUAGAUUUCUUCGUACUCGAAAUCUCAUAGCGCCAAUAUUUUUGCACAGAACUCUUACUUACAUGUCUCACCGAAACUAGACAAACAUCAAAAGGAAAACAUUUAAAGUUGAUGACAUGCUAUCAAAAGUAGAGAAAAUGAAAGGAGAUCAAGAAUCUCAUAGCUUGUCAGCUCAUCUACAGCUUACAUUUACUGGUUUCUUCCACAAAAAUGAUAAGCCAUCACAAAACUCAGAGAAUGAACAAAAUUCUGUUAGCCUGGAAGUUCUACUUGUGAAAGUUUGCCACAAAAAACGGAAGGAUGUAAGUUGUCCAAUAAGGCAAGUUCCUACAGGUAAAAAGCAGGUGCCUUUGAAUCCAGACAUCAACCUAACAAAACCGGCAAACUGUCCAUCCCUUGCUGUUUCAAGUAAUGAAUUUGAACCUAGCAAUAGCCAUAUGGUGAAGUCUUACUCAUUGCUAUUUAGAGUGACUCGUCCAGGAAGAAGAGAGUUUAAUGGAAUGAUUAAUGGAGAAACCAAUGAAAAUAUAGAUGUCAAUGAAGAACUUCCAGCCAGAAGAAAACGAAACUCUUCAAAUCGUGAAGAUGGGGAAAAGACUUUUGUGGCACAGAUGACUGUAUUUGAUAAAAACAGGCGCUUGCAACUUCUAGAUGGGGAAUAUGAAGUAGCCAUGCAGGAAAUGGAAGAAUGUCCAAUCAGUAAGAAAAGAGCAACGUGGGAAACAAUUCUUGAUGGGAAACGCUACCCUCCAUUUGAAACAUUUUCUCAGGGACCUACAUUGCAGUUCACUCUUCGUUGGACAGGAGACACCAAUGAUAAAUCUACAGCUCCUAUAGCAAAACCUCUUGCAACCAGAAAUUCAGAGAGUCUGCCUCAAGAAAAUAAGCCUGGUUCUGUUAACCUCCCUCAGACUAUAGCUGUGAAAGAAUCAUUAUCUACAGAUCUUCAAACAAGAAAAGAAAAGGAUGUUUUAAAUGAACCCAGACAAAAGUUACGAAAUUUUACCAGUUUGCACUAUUUUCAGUUCCUUUAUAACAACAAUACCAGACAACAGACUGAAGCCAGAGAUGACUUGCAUUGCCCUUGGUGCACGUUGAAUUGAAAGCUUUAUAGUUUACUCCAACAUCUAAACUCUGUCAUAGCAGAUUUAUCUUCACAUUAUGUUUAUCAUCCAAAAGGUGCUAGAAUAGAUGUUUCUAUCAAUGAAUGUUAUGAUGGCUCCUAUGCAGGCAAUCCUCAGGAUAUUCAUCGUCAGCCUGGGUUUGCCUUUAGUCGUAAUGGGCCAGUAAAGAGAACACCGAUCACACACAUCCUUGUAUGUAGACCAAAACGUACAAAAGCAAGUAUGUCUGAAUUUCUUGAAUCUGAAGACGGAGAAGUAGAACAGCAACGAACAUACAGCAGUGGGCACAAUCGGCUCUAUUUCCAUAGCGACACUUGUUUACCACUCCGCCCCCAAGAAAUGGAAGUAGAUAGUGAAGAUGAAAAGGAUCCUGAAUGGCUACGAGAAAAAACCAUCACUCAAAUUGAAGAGUUUUCUGAUGUUAAUGAAGGAGAGAAAGAAGUGAUGAAAUUAUGGAAUCUACAUGUCAUGAAGCAUGGGUUUAUUGCUGACAAUCAAAUGAAUCAUGCCUGUAUGCUGUUUGUAGAAAAUUAUGGACAGAAAAUCAUUAAGAAGAAUCUCUGUCGAAACUUCAUGCUUCACCUGGUCAGCAUGCAUGACUUUAAUCUCAUUAGCAUAAUGUCAAUAGACAAAGCAGUUACGAAGCUCCGUGAAAUGCAGCAGAAAUUAGACAAAGGAGAAGCUGCUCUCUCUGCCAGUGAAGAGUUGACUGAAGAGCAAAAUGGGACCUCCAAUGGAUACAGUGACAUUCACCCAAGGGAGAGGAUUUCAGACACUGAUAUGGUCUCAGGGGUUUCAAAACAGAGUAAGAAACAAAAACUCUGAAAGACAAUGCUAACUGAUCCCAUGUGAUGGACAAACACUGAAAAAAAAACAUUCUGGGGAAUACACUUUCUAGGAAGAGCUUCUCUUUUCUUUUGUAAAUCAUAGGUUCCAACCAGGCACUGUUAGAUGAAGUAAAUGAUUUCAACAGAGACAUUGUAUCAGGGUUCACUUGGCUCGUUAUGCAAGUAAUACAUGUAUAUCAGUUGUAGUGAUGUCAUUGCAAUAUUCUCCAGUUUGAGCACGAAGAGCAAUACUUCAUAAAAAGCUUUUUUGUAACUUGAGCAAAUUAAUGUCUUAUGAAAUCUAUUGAAUUGGAUAAUAUAAAAACUUACACAUAUAUAAAUUAGAAGUUUUUGCAUUUGUGACUUGUUUUCCUACUUCGUAAUUGUGAGACAUUGGGGUGGGAAUUGGAAUAUAAUUCAACUUUUUAAGCAGUUUAGACAUCGAAUUAAUUUUUGGCAAAAUUAUGCAUAUUACUAUUUUCAGACCAACCUUGAUCUUUGCUUCUUGAAAUCAUUUAUCUAUCAACUUUGAAUGAAGAGUCACAAAUUAGGACAUAGUUAUACAUCAGAUUCAGUAAUACUUUUCCAGAAGUUAAGCUAUCACUUCUCCGACUUGUGCCUGUUUGAGAAGAUCUUGGAUUUUUUCAACCUUGGAAAACACAAAAGCUACCAGACUGAGUUGUUUGGUUUUGUUUCUGGCAGUGUGUUUUUUAUGUGGAUAAUUUCGAUGCAUUGCUCACCCAGUGUAUUCUUUUAAACUUGAACAUUUUGCUAUUUUUCUUUUAAAAUUAACUACACAUUGAAAAUUCAGGCAUGCACAUCUUCUCAUUAGCGUUGUAUCAUAGCAUACUGAUUGAAGAAUUUUCAGAUGCUAAUUUGAAUAAGGGGAAAGAAUCCCUUUGAGGUUGGGCAGAGAAGUUGUUCCCUAUGUGAGUGUGCUACCCCAGCAGGACCCUCACUCCAUACAAGUUCACCUGAACAGUCCUGAGCAGUUUCACCCUUUAGUUGCACACAUUUACAGUUGAAUUUUCUCUAGUGGGAAAUUGUUUCACUACUGGCACAAUGUCAGCACCAAUGAGUUUUUAUUCCAACUCCAAGCACUGUGGUUGAGAGACAUCACCUCAAUUUUUUAUUAUCCUUAAGAUAUUGCAUUUUCAUAUUCAUUAUUUAUAAAGGAACAAUGCUGCUGUAAAUACAGGUAUUUUUAAUUUUUUAUUUCAUUCCUCCACCAUCAGAUGCAGUUCCCUAUUUUGUUUAGUGAAGGGAUAUAUAAGCUUUCUAAUGGUGUCUUCAGAAAUUUAUAAAAUGUAAAUACUGAUUUGAUUGGUCUUUAAGAUGUGUUUAACUGUGAGACUAUUUAACUAAUGGUGUGGAUGUGAUUUGUCAUCCAGUAUUAAGUUCUUAGUCACUGAUUUUUGUGUAAAAAUAGGAAAGAGGGAAACUGCAGCUUUCAUUACAGACUCCUUGAGUUGUCAGCUCUCCAGUGAUGAGUUCUUGUUAACUCAAAUUAUGCCUCCGGAUAGUGGAUCUCAAGCAUUUCUCUCUGGCUUUAAUUUGCUAAAGCUGUGCACAUAUGUAAAAAAAAAAAUAGAUUAUUUUAGGGGAGAUGUAGAUCUAGAAUUAUUGCUUAUGUCAUUUCUUAAGCAGUUAUGCUCUUAAUGCUUAAAAGAAGGCUAGCAUUGUUUGCACAAAAGUUGGUGAUCCCCCCAAAAAUAGUAAUGAAAUUACUUCUGUUGAGUAAACUUUUUAUGUCAUCUUAUAAUAAAAGCUGAAAAAAUCCCUUUGUUUCUAUUUAUAAAAAGAUGCCUUUUCUAUAUGUACCCUUGAUAAGAGAUUUUGAAGAAAUCAUGUAAGCUGGUCAGCAUUUGAAUGGUACAGUAGAUGUGUUUAUAAAUGGAAAAAAAAAAGUUCAGUUGUUGAAAUGGACCUUUGUUUUUACAUUAAAUGUUUAUUUGAAAUCACAUGAUUUUGUACAUAAAGCUCGGUAAUAUAAAA